GAUGUGCAGUAUUUCAUAGUAUUAACUGUAUAAUGUAUUGCAUUGAGUUAUUGCCAUAACUAUGGUGCCACAAUCAUAUUCAAUGUCAUCACAAUCAUAUUCAAAAAGUAUUUGAAGACCUCAAUAUUAUUUGAAAAGUAUUAUUUCCAAAAAAUUUAAAAUAUAAAAAUGGAGGCGUCACAAAAACGAGACGAUAAAAAAUCAAGAUUGUCACGGAAACAAAACGGAGCGAAAGAGAGAGAGUCGUCUACAAAUUUGUUAAAAGAUUCCACCCUUGCACCGUCAGGACAUCCUGGAAUUAUGAAAGAUCUCUCGUUCAAGCGGGAUAAAAGUAAUCGCGGAUUGUCAAGCGACACAGAUCUGACUGGUGAAGAGUCACUUCCUCCACACGUCAAAGACAGACUCCACCAAUUAUUUGCUGAAAUUGAGGGGGAAUUUACGCAACUUUACAACGAAAACUUAGAACUCAGGAAAAACAACAUGGCUCUGAAUGAGAGAUUACAAUCAGUGACGUCAGAUAAGCACACAGAAUCUGUAGAUGGGUCACAAAACGGAGCUGAUAAUAAAGCCCUCUUGAAGUCCAAAUCCGGUUUGACAUCAAGUCAAUUCUCUCAGAAAUUAAAAACAACGUACCGAACCGGGACAAGUAAACUAGUUUCAAGCUUCAAGACUUCUGCAACAGCUACCUGUUCUGUCACACAGGAACUCCGAGGUCACAAAGAUGGCGUUCUACACGUUGAUGCCUCCCCUAUUGUUCCUGCAACCGCUGGAUCUGCUUCAGCCGACCAGACGGCAAAGUUAUGGAAUCUCAACACAGGUCAUUGUUACGGGACGUAUCGUGGCCACACAGGGUCAGUCAACUGUAUUCGUUUUCAUCCCACGAAGCAACUAGUCCUCACUGCGUCUGGGGACGGUAGCGCCCACUUGUGGCCUUUUGAAUCACCUAUGACAUCAUCACUGAUGACAUCAGCAGAUGAGGAAAUGCAAUCGGACAGAGAUGAAGAACCCUUAGAUACUGUGGACACGUCAGCAUCACUCAUGCGUAGUUUGUGUCACAUGUCUGCAGUGGUUGCCUGUGAUUGGUUGAUGGAUGGGCAACAUUUCGUUACUGCAUCGUGGGAUCGAACAGCGUGUCUCGUAGACUCUUCAACUACUCAAGUCGUGCAGACGUUAAGCGGACAUGACCAGCAGUUAACUCAUGUUAGUGCACACCCUCAACACAAAUUGGUCGUAACUUCAUCCCGAGACGCAACGUUCCGUGUCUGUGAUUUCAGAGUGUCGACGUUACAUUCUGUCAUCGUGGGCCAAGGUCAUUCUCACUCCGUGACCUCUGCUGUCUUCACCCAGGAUGAUAAAAUUGUUAGUGGGAGUGACGAUCGUUGCGUAAAAGUCUGGGAUCUCAAAAACAUGCGAUCGGCAAUAGCAACGAUGCGUUUUGAUUCUCCUGUCAACAGGCUGAGUGUCAAUCAGAAAGGAGUUAUCGCCAUACCUCAUGAUAAUAGACAGAUUCGAUUAUUCGACAUGUCUGGUGUGAGGCUAGCUCGGUUGCCACGGGAUCGCUCGUAUCACAGGCGAAUGGUUUCUUCAACGGCUUGGGUGGAUAGUGCACACUCUAGUGGACACAAAACGAAAUUAUUAACGGCAGGCUGGGACAAGGUCGUUUUAGGAUGGGCGGUUAAUAUUCCUAAUAGUUUAAUUAACCAUGUCAAAUGAUGAAAAAUUGUAUUUUCUGAUAUUUGUUUAGAUUUUAUAUUAUUUUAUUGCCUUUUUCAUUUUUUUUAUUGAGGAGGGGGGGCUAUUGACCAUCAGUGGUGAUUUAAUAUUGAUGGGGGGUAAAAAUAGGCGGUCACAUGUAUAUACGGUAAUAAACUAAAAGUAUUCUUGUCCCAAGUAUUGAAGUGGAAUCCGGGUUAAAAAAAAUUUUGUGGUUGGGUACAGUUUAUCAAACUAGCCUUGACUUGACCUUGAGACUAAGAUUGACUUUGAGCUGACCUUGACUUCAGCCUUUUUGACCUUGAGAGUAAAAUUAGCUUUGACUUGACUUUGUCUUUACUUUUUUGACCUCGAGAGUAAAAUUAGCUUUGUCUUGACCUUGAGUUUACUUAUUUGACCUUGAGACUAAAAUUGACUUUGAGCUGACCUUGACUUCAGCCUUUUUGACCUUGAGAGCAAAAUUAUCUUUGACUUGACUUUGACUUUCCUUUUUUGACCUCGAGAGUAAAAUUAGCUUUGACUUGACCUUGAGUUUACUUAUUUGACCUUGAGAGUAAAAUUAGCUUUGACUUGACUUUGUCUUUACUUUUUUGACCUCGAGAGUAAAGUUAGCUUUGACUUGACCUUGAGUUUACUUAUUUGACCUUGAGAGUAAAAUUGACUUUUAACUGACCUUGGUUGAUCUCAGCUAAGUUUUCUUAGAUAUUUUGAUCAUUUCAAUUCCCUGUUUUUUUUUUCUUGGGAGGGGGGGAGGCUUUGAAGAUACAGUGGUUACAUGAAAUGGGCAGGGGGUGAAAACAGAUUAUGUUCAAUUUUAGUAUUUUGACCUUGAAUCAUUAAGCCAUGACCUUGAAACCCAGAAUGAGUUUAUUUUUUAUUUAACUGUUUCGCUUUUCAUAAUGAUAUUUACUUAUUUGUCAUCGAAGACGAAAGUGGCAAAAAGUGUUGUGCAUUUUAGAAGUCAAAAGUUGCUGCUCUUUGAGUAGUGUGAUGGUGGGGGGAGGGGGAGGAAUUAAAAAAUAAAUCGAAAGCAAUCAAAGUUAAGAAAUUUUUAAUUUUUUCAAUUUGGGUUCUAGUUUUAAGUUAAUUACCAAACUGAUUAAGAUGAAUUAAUUAUGAUUAAAUAUUUCGUGUAUUUAAUAUUUUUUUAAACCUGAAUUUUUUAGAAUUUCCCAAAUAUUGCUGAGUUACUUAUUGCUUUAUUACAUUGCCUAUCUUUUUGCUUUGCGUUUGAUUUUUAUUUCCAAUUUUUUUGAAAUUUUUUCAGGAAUGUAUGAAUUUUGUCUUCUGCCCCUUUUAUGGGCUUUAUACGACUGCUUUAUAUUGAGAUCUUUAGCCUAGUCCAGGGGUCCAGGAAACUGGGGUUCGUGGACGCCCAAGGGGUUCAGGGAAAUAGUUCUAGGAGGUCGGUGGGGGACCAGUAAACAUUUUUGAGGACAAAGUGAAUUUACUCUUUCACCCAGUACAAAUGAGCAUUAAUUGUAAACACUUUCUGGGGGAUACAAAACCUUACCUACUCCUGGGUUAUAGUCUCCUUUAAAAAGGAGGUCAUUACUCUAUUAUUUGACUUCUCCAAAUGGUCCCAUGUCCUCAAAUCAUAGUUGAUUGAUGUAUUGUCCAUGACAUCCUUACUGCUUAUAGGGAGCUUCUCUACUAUGUGUAUUUAAGCUAGCUCUUCAUUUAACAUUUUACUGCUUUUUACUAGCAUGCAAUGCGCCACUAUGAUUCUCGCUAUAUAGUUUUAGUCAGGAGCAAUGUUCUCUCUAAUUUUUUGUAGUAUGUGUGCGCAGAAAUUUUGAUGUGUGCGCACUUUUUUGGAAAUAACUAAUAUUAGUGCAAAAACCGAUGAAGAAAUUUUGACAUUCUAAUCGGGUAAUAAGUGGGCCAACAACAAACUUUUUCAACCUGCCAACCGAGCACAUUGUUACAUUACAUCGAAAUACGUCUGUACGCAGUAAAUCUAUGCGUGUGCGCAGCCUCUGAAAGCUGUGUGCGCGCGCACACCUUAGAGGGAACACUGGUCAGGAGCGUAGAAAGGGGGUUGAGGGUCAUACCCCCCCUCCUCCCACUUUUAAAAUG